CCCCCAAAUCCUAGGGUUUUAUUCCUCCUACUGCGCCGAGAGAGUCUGAGAGAGAGAGAGAGAGAGAGCUCGGGAAAAUGGUGAAGUUCUUGAAACCAAACAAGGCGGUGAUCGUCCUCCAAGGUCGGCACGCCGGAAGCAAGGCCGUCAUCGCCAAAAACUUCGACGAUGGCACUCGCGAUCGCCCUUACGGCCACUGCCUCGUCGUCGGCAUGGCCAAGUACCCCAAGAAGGUGAUCCGCAAGGACUCCGCCAAGAAGACCGCUAAGAAGUCUCGCGUCAAGGCUUUCAUCAAGCUCGUCAAUUACAAUCACAUAAUGCCUACUCGCUACACUCUCGAUGUCGAUCUCAAGGAUGUGGCCACUCUUGACUCCCUUCAAUCGCGCGACAAGAAGGUCACAGCCUUGAAGGAGGCCAAGGCUCGCUUGGAGGAGCGAUUCAAGACUGGCAAGAACCGGUGGUUCUUCUCCAAGCUCCGCUUCUGAUCAAUCUUGAUAUUGGGUUUCGUUUCUUUUUUUCAAUCUUUAGUAUUAGUAAUGUUCUCAUGUCUUGUUAUGUCUUGUUUGGAUUUUAGUGAUUUCUCAUGAUAAACUGUUGUUGACUUUGAUGUUUUGAAGUUUUGUUAUGAUUUAAAGGUUUUCUUAGAUCUGUUCUUGUUAUGAUGUUGAAAUAGAAGAAAGUGUGGUUUUAUA